AUGAAAUUGUUGACAUUUCCUGGGCAGGGCAGUUCCAUCAGCUUAUUAUCACUUGAGAAAUGGUGCAAAACAAUGGCUACAUUUCAAGACAAAAGCGGAGCAAUAUCGGAUCUGCUGGAAUACACGAAAGUGAAUCCGAGUAAGCCAGAGUCUGUAGCAUUGUGUUCCAAUCUUCUUUUUCAGGAGUGGCUGAGGACAAAAAAUAAACAUGAUAAAAUGAUGGUUUUAGGGCAUUCUUUAGGGGAGUUAUCAGCAAUCAAUGCUGGCACUGAAAAUACUUUAUUUUCCGCUCGCGAUAUAUUUCAGAUUGCAGCUAAGCGGAAUGAUCUAAUGGUGCAGGCGACGCAUGGAUGGUUGAAGAGGGAAGGUAGGGGUUUAGAUGAGAAAUUUAAGUUAUUAGCUGUGCGUAGUCCACGCUCAAAAGACCUGCGAAGAGAGCUGUGCUUACGCAAUUCACUGCACAUUGCAACUCAUGUUAAUGCUAAGAUAUGUGUCCUUACUGGUCUUCAGCAGGACUUCGAAGCUCUGCAGCUGCCAUACGGUGCCAGGACUUCAGAGCUGGUUAAUAUCGAUGGUAUACCUUUCCACGAUAGCAGAGUUUUGAAGGAGAUAAUGGAACCAUUGUACGAUUACUUGUGGGAGAAAAUAAAGCAUAGCGGCAUUAGAUCGCUCAAACACCAACUAAUCUGUAAUGCUGAUGGCUCAACAACCGACCUUGUAGAUAUUGCAAUUGAAAAGUACGUUCAAUCGAGUACCCAAACCGUUGAAACUGUCGAGUGUCUAAAAAAAAUAGCCGAGCUUGGAACAACCUCCGCAUUACAUUUUGGACCAGGUCCACAGUUUGCAAACAUGUUAAAACGGGACAUGAAUAAAGCGACACAUGAAUAUUAUGGCGAAUAG